AUGCCUCUCACUCGCCGCCUUCAUUCCUUCACCGUCAAUUCUUUUGAAAUUCUGUUACUAUUUCUCGUCUUCUUCACGCCAUCAUGUUGCAACGGUGACGCCACUUACUCCGGCUGUGACCGCACUUACAGCUGCGGCGCAAUAUCAAACGUCACCUUUCCCUUCACCGGCGGCGACCGUCCGGACCACUGUGGACUCCCUGAGUUCAAACUCACUUGCCAACCAAACACUAAUAUCACCGAGUUGACUCACAACUCCAUCACUUACCGGGUCCUCCACCUCGAUCAAACCAGCAAAAGAUUAACCCUUUCCCGCUCUGACCUCUACAACAACACCUGCCCUUCUCAAUUCGUCAAUACCACUCUCAAUCCAACUUUCUUUGUCUAUGGGGAUCAAGACGAUUUACCCUUAACCCUGAUCUACGGAUGCAAUUCGACGGCCGUGACUUUCACUCCCGGUAAUUUGUUCGAUUGCGCCAUCCCCACCUCAACUUUCUCCGAUUCGUACUACAUUAUCGGGGCGAUUCCGAGUGACCCGGUAUUUCGGUUUAUCCCAUGUAGUGUCAGUGUUACAUUGCCGUUGAUGAGGAGUGCUGGAUUGAGGCUUACAAGUAACCAGACUAACCUUGGGGAAGCUUUAAUGGAGGGUUUUGUUGUGAAUUAUACUGACCCUCAUGAGGCUUCGUGUUCGGAGUGUACCGGGUUGGGUAGGCAAUGCGGGUACGACCCGGAUUCCAGCGAAUUCGUUUGUAUUUGUGGGGAUAGGCUCUGCCCCUUGCCUGCCUUGCCUCCACAAUAUAGUCGAAAUACUUCUGUUAUCUUACCAGUAGAUAAAAAGAGUGGUCUGAGUUCUCAAGGAAGCAUAGGUCUGGCAAUUGGAGGUGCAGUACUUGCGGGUAUAGGUGUAGGAUGGAUAAUCUUCUGGUGCAGGCAAAGAAGGAAACGGCUUGCUGCUGGAGACAGUGCUUCUCGGGAACUCCCAACCGAUAGCAAAGAUGUCUCAGCAGUCACUGAUAGCAAAUCUCUCCUUACAAAGUCUGUGCCUUCUGUUGCUUUUGCCCAAAGCAUUCCUUCUUAUCCUUCCUCGAAAACUGAAUUUGGAAGGGAUACCACUUCCUACUUCGGCGUUCAGGUGUUUACUUACAGUGAACUUGAAGAAGCCACGGACAAUUUCGCGCGUUCUAGAGAACUUGGUGAUGGCGGCUUUGGUGCUGUGUACUAUGGUGUUCUUAAAGAUGGACGGAUAGUUGCAGUUAAGCGUUUGUAUGAGAAUAACUUUAAGCGAGUUGAGCAGUUCAUCAAUGAAGUUGAGAUCUUGACUCGGUUAAGGCACCAAAAUCUUGUGCAACUGUUUGGAUGCACGUCCAAGAGGAGCACCGAGUUGUUACUCGUCUAUGAAUAUAUACCUAACGGAACUGUGGCUGAUCAUCUGCAUGGAAAACGAUCCAAAUCCGGCUUGUUGUCAUGGCCUGUCCGAUUGAACAUAGCCAUUGAGACAGCUGAAGCAUUGGCUUACCUUCAUGAAUCAGACAUCAUUCAUCGUGAUGUCAAAACCAAUAAUAUCCUACUAGACAAUGAUUUCCAUGUAAAGGUCGCGGAUUUUGGAUUAUCCAGGUUGUUCCCAAAUGACGUUACUCAUGUGUCGACAGCACCCCAAGGAACGCCUGGGUACGUUGAUCCUGAGUACUAUCAGUGUUACCAGCUCACUGAAAAGAGCGAUGUUUACAGUUUUGGCGUGGUAUUGAUAGAGAUCAUCUCGUCAUUGCAAGCAGUUGAUACCAACAGGCAUCGCCUCGAUAUCAAUUUGGCGAAUAUGGCUGUCAACAAAAUUCAGAGUCACCAGCUACAUGAGCUGGUUGAUCCUAGUUUGGAGUUUGAGACAAACAGUUCAGUAAGGAGGAUGACAACAUUGGUGGCGGAGCUAGCUUUCCGUUGUUUGCAGCACGAAAGGGACAUGAGGCCCUCGAUGAAAGAAGUCCUGAAUGCUCUAAAAACAAUCCAAAACGAAGGGUUGAAUGCUCAAAAAGCCGAGGUGUUGGACAUCUUGAUUGAUGAUGGUGGCCAUUCUGAGGACAAAACCUCCACUGCAUCUCCAACUUCUGUUGUUCCUGAUACAUGGGUUAGCAGUUCUGGACCAAAUUCUAGUGGGUGA